AUGGCGUCGGCCGAGCUGCUCGCUGGCCACGUGCUCGUGGCGGAGGUGCUGGAGCACGUGGCAAAGCUCAACGCCGCGAAUCAGAUCAUCGAAGCGCUGCAGACGCAGGUGACGAUGCUGCAGGCCCGUGUGGCGGAGCUCGAGCGCCGGCCUAAGCUGUCUGGGAGCGACACCUCGCGGCCAGCCACCUGCGACGAGACGGAGGCGAGGGUCGAGGCGCUCCGCGAGUUUCGGCGGAAGGGCCACGGCUGCAGCGUGGCGCGCGCGGCAGGGUACUCGUGCGUCGAGGCAAGGGCGGUGGGCUACUCGCUGCAGGAGGCAACGGGCUACUCAAUCAGCGAGGCCAGGGCGGCGGGCUACUCGCUGCAGGAUAUUAAGGCGGCGGGCUACUCGUGCAGUAAGGCGAAGGAGGCGGGCUACUCGCUCAAGGAGACGAAGGCGGUGGGCUACUCGUGCAGCGACGCAAAGGAGGCGGGCUACUCGCUCAAAGGAGGGGGCGUGGCUGGCUAUCCAUUCAUGGGCGCAGCCCUCGACAUGCAAAGGAAGCUCGAUGGUAGUACACAGGAUUGAGACAACCGGCCAGGGCGGGGUUGACGGCGACGUCGAGGACCUCUGGCCUUUUAAUCUUCACUUGCGCGCCUUGCGCAUCUUGGCGGCGAGGAGGACCGCGACAGCCGCCACGCCCAACGGCGAGGCCAGCGCGAAGGCGGCGAAACCGGCGGAGACGGCGAGGUCGCCGACAAGGAAGGCGGCAGGGAGGAGCGGGGCGGGGAGGGCCGCCUUUAGGUGCUUCGGGUGGGCCUUGGUGACGAGCGGCUCAAUGAGCGCGUCGUAGUACGCCUGCGCGGUCUCCGGGAAGAGGUACGAGAGCAGAUUGGAGAGCGAGAGCGGGAGCGGUACGAGGUAGGAGGAGAGCAUGUACUCGGCGACCCACUCGGGGUAGGUGGAGGCGAGCACGCCGCCUUGAGUGAGGAUCUUGCCCGAGGUGGUGAGCGGGUUGAUCACCUCGCCCACCGAGGCGACGACGCGCGACACCUCGGACUCGCCGAGCUUGGAGCCGGCCGCGACCAUGCGCGCGGGGACGAACUUUCCGUCCACCUCCAGCACAUGAUCGGGGGUGAGGGAGAGUAUGCCGUUGGCGUGCUCGAGCUCGAGGAGGGCCGACUUGAAGGUGGCCUCGCGAUGCUGGUUGACGAUGACGCGGGCGACUGAUGAGGGGCCGUCCAUGACGAGGUCGCCUGCCUUGAGCGAGGCCAUCGGCA